UACAUUCGACUAAUCUCGCGAGUCGGCGCGACAGAAGUGUCCGAUGCGACGAAAGUGGAGGUAGUGCGGCUCAUCACGGCCGAAUACUGAACAGUGCUGUUUAUAUUAUUACGAAGGUUCAAAUUAUUAGUUGUUUUUAUUUUCGUUCGUUAAUUCACGUUAAUUCGUUCGUUUGCUUGAUCGAUUUGUAUCCAUUCUUUUCUACUUUGAUUUACGGAAAACGCGUACCGUCAUGAAAGACGUAUGUAUCAAAAUCUCAUGGUCACAUAUCAGCAACAACGAACAAUGCUUUUACGUAUCUUGUGGCAUCGAUGAAUAAUAAAGUUAACUUUUAAAAAUGUGGCAAGAAAAAGAUGAAGCUCCGAGCGAGAGCACGUUCGAUCCGGUAGGAGAGGAAAUCCAAAAGCUUAGCGUUAUACAAAGUUUACCAAAUCUUUUAGCUACAGACGCACAGUCAUGUAUGUCACGAGUAGUUCCCAAAAUGCAGCAGGCUCUUGCCACUGCUUGUACAGAAUUUCAUAUUGCUGCUGCAUCAACAUUUAAAACUAUAUUAGAACAGAAGCUUGUCAGCCACAGUAUCUUUAGUCAGACAUUCCUACAAACUAUAAUAAAUUCGCUUGAAAGUCGCGAUCCAGUAAUCGGUUAUGCAUGGCUGGAGACCUUACUGGAUGUGAUAGAAUUACUGCCAAUAGAAGUCAUAAGAAUACAGAUUCUUCCAAUGGCUGUAAGUAAAGGGCAAUUAUCACAAUCAAUUUAUUCUAGAAUGAUGUGCAGCAGGCUAUUAGGAAAAAUUUGUACACGAUUUAAUGCCGAUUUGGUACAAAAAGAAGUUCUACCAACAGUACAGUCCCUUUGUCAAGAUGUGAAUAGUGCGGUACGAGCUAGUAUUUGCUUGCAGCUACGUUUUGUUGCAGAGGGUCUUGGUCCUGAGUCUUUAAAAUCUGCUCUGCUACCAUCUCUUGUAGAAUUAGCAAGGGAUGAGGAAAGCAAUGUACGGUACGCAUUUGUGCAGGCAAUAGUAUACCUGUUACCUCAUUUUCAGGAAGAUACAAUAAAAACCAUCAUAGGUCCACUUAUCAAAAAGUUGUGUGAAAAUACUGCUAAAUCGGAAGAUUAUGUGAUUUGUAUGAUUGCUCAAGAAUUUGGGAAACUUGUUCUUGGCUUAGAAAAGUACCUAUCACCUACAGAAAAGUUAUGGUUCUUGAAGUAUUUUCAACAACUCGCACAAAUGGGUAUACCAUCCGUGAAGAAACAAGCUAAGCCAGAUCUUCCUUUACUCGAGAGUAGUUCUAUCGAUUAUGAAAAACACUUGGAAUGCCGACGAUAUUCUGCGUUUAAUCUUCCUGCUAUGUUCAUCUUUAUAUCACCCUCUGUCGAAGACGUAGAUUCCUUACUUUCCACUUUUAGUGCUUUAACCAAUGAUUCUUAUUAUAUAAUUAGAGGAACAGUCGCGAGUGGAAUUCAUGAAGUUGCCAAAAUAUUAGGAAUGAAAAGUGGCAGGAUCAAAGCGGAUUUCAUUAAAUUAUUAAAAAACGAUCCAGAGGAAGUAUUACAGAAAUUAGUUCCAAACAUAUCAUCAACGCUUGAAUGUUUAAUUCAAAGUCAAACUAUUGGACCAGAUAGAGUGGAUUCUACUUUGAUGGAAAUACUCAAAGCUUUGUUAAUAUGUGAAGCAAAAAUUGCAUCUACACAUAAUUGGAGACUGGCUUCUACUAUGCAUGCACAACUUGAAAUAUUACCUAAAUGUUUUCCCAGUGACAUUAUAUAUUCUUAUUUUGUACCAUUGGUUUCAUUUAGAAUCUUAAAUGCAAGGCCAUUACCAGUACGUCUUGCUGCUGGAAGAUUGUUUCUUGUCCUUCUACGGUAUAAUACUAAAUUUAUGCAAAAAGCAGAAUUUAGAAACAAAAUCUAUGUCGAACUAGCUAAUAAUCCCGAUUGUUAUGUGAGAAUGAUAUUCGUCCGUAUGAUGGUCGAAGCAUUAAAUAUAUUUUCUUCUGCUUAUUUUAAAGAGAAUUUUUUUACUGUUUUAUUAAAUCUUGCCGAGGAUCCUGUGGCUAACAUCAGAUUAAAAGUAGUAUCUUUAUUACCCAUUUUAAAGAGUCAACUUUGGUUACCUACGGAUAAAAAAUUAUUGACAACAUUAGAAGCAACAGUCAGACAUUUACUGAACAGUGAAAAAGAUAGAGAUGUAGUAGAUAUGUUAACGAAUACUGUUCAGAAGUUAGAACAAACGGAGGUCAGAUAUGAGAGGCAGAGUGGUACUGGUAAAAUGACUAAGCAAGAUUUAGAAGAUGCUAGAAAAUUUGACGAAGAAAAAAGAUUAUUGCAUGCGGGCACCGGAAAGUCUUCUGUUUCUGUUGGAACAACUUCAAAGAAAACUAUCAGUGCUCCUGCGCGAGGACGAUUAAAUAUAGAAGGAACAACAAAAACAUUACCACAGCCUCGAAUGAAAAUAGAACAGUCUCCGCAAAUUAAAAUACACAAUGUAACUAAGUCACCUCCAGUAAAACAUAUUACAACUCCUCGACAUACAACGGAAGCUUUAAAAAGCAGUUCUGUGCAUGAGAUACCUGUAACGCUGUCAGACAACGAGUUCCUAGUGGAUGCAGGUAUUAAAAUACCAAAACUUUCUUCGCCCAAAAAUACACCAAAGUGUUCAAUGGAAAACUUAAAAGUAGCCAUUACCAGAAUUAGAAGAGACUGUGAUGGGGAACAAUCUUGGAGAAGCAGUAGUGCAAGUUAUAAAGGAAUAGAAUCUAAAAGACAUUCUUCCAUUGAAUAUGAGGACCAUACCAAACACAUCGCAAAUACAGCUGAUCAUUUGAAAACUAUACGUUCUAUGGAUUAUGAAGAAGGUUUAAGACACCGAAAUAUGUUAAAGGAAAAUUCAAAUGAUCAAUUAAUCGUUAAUUCGGAAUCAAGAACUGACAGAUAUUCAGUAUUCCGUCGUAAUAAACAAAGAUUUGGAUUUGACGUGAAUCAAGGAAGAUCUGUAGACGACAAAGUGAAGAGAAAUUCAUUAAUAUUAGACAAAGAUAAAAUAAAAAUUACCCAACCUAAAUAUGGAAUAGAAAGUCUUAAACGACAUUCUAUGAAUUCUGGUUUGAAACAUCCAGAUUAUUCUAAGGACUCUAAACUAAAGUUCAAACGACAUAGUCUAGAUAUGACAGAUUAUUUUGGUCGAAAUUUAAGGCGAUAUUCUACUUUGGAUGUAAAUCAUAAUCAGGGAGUUAGUAAAAUUCCCCUAAGAGAUGUUGUAGUAUCAGGUAGUAGAACAGCACCGGCUACUAGAGCUUCCAGUCCCGUUUGUUUAGGAUCUAUAAUCAGAUUUAAUAGUGAAGAGAUUGAAGAUGUCUCUAGUUCUACUACCGAAAGACAUUUAACAAGAAGUUUGAGUAAUGAACAGCUCAAUAAAAUACGUCGUAUACUUGUACUUUCACGCAAUACACCAAGUAAUACAGCUGGAAGUCCAAGAAGUAGAGAUAGUAAAUUACCAGUACGUUUAGUAAAGAAAAAAAUUUGAAAUCUAUUGCAUAGUUAAUUAGGGACCUCAAAAGCAUUUGAUAUAAUGCAUACAAAUUUCUACGUACUAAUCCUAGUUUCACCAUCAAAAUAUUGAAUCAAAAUAACUAUUUGAAUAAGAUACAUUCAUACUAAAUUUCAUUUCAAAAAACAGUUUAUUCUAGCUUUAUAAUUUUAUGCAAAUUCCCUAGACAAAUAUUUAUUUUAUAGCGAAUGCGUAGAUGUCACUUGCAAUAGAUAUAACAUAUGUAAGAUUUAUUUUUUAUUUUAUUUAAAAAUAUAGAAGUAAUAUAAUUUAUUUAUUUAAUAACGCUUAACAAUAAUGUUAACCGAUUUAGGUAUAAUAGGUUUAAAAUGAGAUAGAAUAGUAAAUAUCUAUAAUCUAAAGUUACAAUCUUUUGCUACGAGAUAUCAGAUGCUAUUCUUUAUCAUAACCCGAAAACAACCGUCGUAAUUAGCGAAGGACACGCUGUAUUCGACUCGUCGUCGCUUAUCUUCGUCUUUCGUAUCCCUUCACCAUCCCCCGUUGUCUUAUCGUUUCCUUUCACACCUAACACUCGUCGUAUAUAUCAAAGAACUAUAACGGAAUGCCUUGUCCGGUCCCUUCCGUCAGCUAUUUAAGUUUUACCUCUCCUCCAUCGUCUCUCACCAUUUUCUGGAAUUCCCUCCAGAAACCUCUUGAUAAUUCCCAAUCAUGAACAAGGGAUUCUUUCUGCAUUUCCGAAUCGAAAACGUUCGAGAGAUCUCGAUAGAGCUGCACAAAGGCGGCAAGUCCAGACGGUGUAACCUUACAAUCUAAACAAAUACCCUAAUCUA